GAUUCAUGUAUGCGCUCAAAUCAACCAGUGGAAACCAGCAUCUCUCCAAGCGAGACCCAAGGUCAUCAGAGUGAUGCUUCUUUGGUGAAAUCAAGCAAAGCGUCACCCUCUAUCUUAUGGAAUGAAGAAGUAGAGACUGAUUUGAAGCCGCUGCUGAAAAGCCGGAAACCUUCUAUGAAACUUGGCGGAAUAGAUGAACUGUUUUCUCCUGAUGAGCUCGACGAUGGCGAGGUAGAGAAAUUUCACCCUGCUGACCUCAAUCGGCUUGACACCGUUAGUAAUAAAGGCAAAUGUAGCAAUAACAGGAUAUCGGGCUAUUCUCGUCCUACCGCCCAAGUGAGCUUGCUCGAUGCCUUCCAGUUCUCUAGCAGUGGUCGACGGCCAUCGGCAGAGGCUGCGAUGCGCAUUUUUUCGGGGGCUACAAAGUCUGGGUCCGGCCGCGCAAAUAGGAAACCAGCUUCUGUCAGUGACUCUCGAUUUUCAGCUUCAAGUCGGCAAACUGCAUCUAAUGACUUCGAUUCUCAGGUUUCGACUCAGGCUAGCCGAUGCGUCGACAUUUUUGACAUAGUCGAGGAUGAUUCUAGUUCCGACUCACCUUUCCUUUCAGGCCUCACUGGCACUCAGGCCGCGGAUUAUCUCUCAACUCAAACUGAGAAUCUCGUAUCGUCACCAGAGCUUGAGAUGUCUGAGGUGGUUGAAAAUUCGAGGAGCCGGGGUCGCGGAACAGGCAGACGAAGAGCCUCACUCCGUAGAGGCGGAGCUAACAGCAGUCGCAAUACAAUUGAAAAUUCUUACGAACCUACCCGCGUCCCUGAGUCCAGCAGGACUAGACGACGCAAACUUAAAGGAAACUCUAUGAUCGAUGACUAUGAUGCUUCUUUAGCAGGUGCAAGCGAUAUAGCUGAAGGUGAUGCCAGAGUUGAUAAGAGUGAAGAUGAGUUUUCCUUCGACUUCCGAAGAAAACGGCCAAAAAUGAGCUGA